AAAUCCAAGUCGAUUCUCUCGUGCUUCUCGUUCUUCUUUGCUUUGUUUUUUCUACGAUAACCAGCUUUUUCUGGGGGUAUCGACUUGAGCUGAGCUGGGGAUAUAACUCUAGUCGACUUACUAUGUCUCGUUCAAAAGCGGGUGCUAACAUUGCUCGUCUAAAUGACUUGACGCUCGGAGCGUUCUCGAGGGUGCAGCCCUCUGAAACGCUCGACCACCUCAUUAGAUACCUCAGCACUUGGAGCGGUAGCGACAAGCUCUUCAUGCUCAUUCAAUACGGAGUGAAAGUCCUCAUUCCUCUACUUCACUUACGUGCGAGGCUUCAGCACCGCGCGGGCUUUCGCAAGGACACUGUGAGUCAUGCAGCCCCGUCGCUCAACAAGAUUGCCAGCAUCAUCGGCGAUGCGAGGAUGCUCUGGAGGAUAUGGGGCCUCCUACCCAUUCUCCAAUGGCUCGUCGCUCUCGAGCGCUCCCCUUCACCCACCCGUCGUCUUCUCACGAUCGAACGCGCCCAAGGCUGGAGCAUGCUCUUCUACUACCCAAUGGAGCACUUGUACUACCUCCUCUCUCACGACGUCAUCCCUUCCUCUAUCCCCCUUCCUCUCCCUUUCCUACUCCACACUCGUACCCCAACGGACUAUAACCCCGCCUCGCCCACAUUCUCCCCAACACCAAAAGCCCUCUCCUUCAACCCCGACCCAAAUCCCGACCCGCCUCCUUCCUCGCUCCUCAAUCCACCAAAACCGCCGACUCUGAACCUCGACGCGAAUCAAUUGGGAUUGUGGUCCACGAGGUUUUGGGCUUUGUACGUUCUGUUGCAGUUGGCGCAUUUAAGAGAAGAUAGGGUGUUGUUGAAGAGGAGGGCGAAGGCUUUAAGUAAGGAAAAGGGUGUUUCUGUUGCGGGUGGGACUUUGAGCGAGGAGAGGAAGGAGCUCGGAAGGAGAUGGGAUGCGUGGUGGAAUGAGCUGGCAGUGAAUUUGGGGUAUUUACCGUUGACGGUGCAUUGGUCACUGGAGAAAGGUCUCUUCAAGAACGACAUCUGGGUCUCCCUUUUCGGUCUCUUCGCCGCCGUAGCAUCCUUCCGAAGCGGAUGGAAAGCUACUGCGCUUCCUCCGUCUGUGGCCCCUCCUCCGCCCUUCAACACGGAUGGAACGGAGGAACCGCCUUUGGUCGGGCCUGGUAGUGAACGAGCGCUUAAGGAUGGGAGCGUUGUUAAUGAAGAACUCUGGCAGCUUCGUCCUGGGACACACGAAACGCAAGCUUGAGGAAUACGCAAGAUACACGAGUCAGACACGCCUUCGUAUUGCACUUUGUACACCAUUUCUUGGGGUUUAUUUGUUCCGUUGGUUCUUUUGCUAACAGUGUAUAUAACUUAUUUGACAGUCAGUCCACAAUAUAUUCUUGGUAUGGCGAGAUACCCGA